AUGUCGAUGUGGCAGCAGAUUCAAAAGCUGCCCGAUGAGCUGCAGAAGCGCGUUCAGCAGCUGUACAACGGCGAGCACUUUCCCGUGGAGGUGCGCUCCGUCCUCUCCAGCUGGAUCGAGAACCAGCCCUGGGCAAAAAUCGAGUACGACAACCCGGAACACGAGAAGUUCGCCGCCAAUCUGGUGACUGCGCUCAUACACGAGCUGAACCGCUUUGCGCUGACAAUCGAAAAUGCGACGCUCAAGUUCCGCCUGGAGCAGGUGGCGCAGAACUUUCACCACAACUACACCCACGACCCGAUCAAUCUGGUUCGCAUCGUCAAUCACUGUCUGAACAAUGAAUCGAAGAUACUGCAAAGUGCUCAAAACUAUCUAUCAGACAUGGACACGAAGCCGAUCAUCCGCGACGCAUAUCACGAGAUCUACCCGGAGCUGAGCAAACUGCGCACCCUGGUGACCGAGUCCGAUCAGAUGCUGCGUCGCCUGAACCAGGACCAGGAGUCGCUUAUACUGCACUACCAGGACCGGACGAAGGUGGCCGCCAUGGCCGCCCAGGCCAAUCACAGCAACCCCGAGCGCAGUAAGCUGAUCAAAAACCUGGAGACGAUUGACAGCAGCUUGCGCACCGAGUCGGACAACGUCAUGAAGGACCGGGCGGUGCUGGUGGAGCGCUACCGGGAGACGCUCAACCGCCUCAGCGUCCUCCAGACCACCGUCCUGGACACUGAGCUGGAGCGCUGGCGUCGCGGCCAGCAGCUGGCCGGCAACGGCGUCGCCUACGAGGGCUUCAGCCUCGAGGAGAUCCAGGAGUGGUGCGAAGGCCUCGCCGAGCUGAUCUGGAACGUGCGCGUGCAGAUCAAGCGGCUGCAGAUCAUGUGUCAGAACUACGCCGCGCCGCAGUACAUCACCGACAGCCUCUUCGGGCUGCUCGACCUGACCACGCAGAUGCUGCACCGCCUGGUGAAGAGCACCUUCAUCAUCGAGAAGCAGCCGCCGCAGGUGAUGAAGACGAACACCCGCUUCACCGCCACCGUCCGCCUGCUGGUGGGCGGGAAGCUGAACGUGCACAUGACGCCGCCCAGCGUCACCGUCUUUAUCGUCAGCGAGCACCAGGUGAACAUGCUGGGGGCGGAGCAGGCGAAUCUCAUUCUGCCGCACAACGAGUCGGCCGCCGGGGAGAUACUGAACAACACGGGCAUCAUGGAGUACCACUCGGCCACGCGUCAGCUGAGCGUCCACUUCCGCAACAUGCAGCUGAAGAAGAUCAAGCGCACGGAGAAGAAGGGCACCGAGUCGGUGAUGGAUGAGAAGUUUUCGCUGCUCUUCUUCUCCCGCUUCAACGUCUGCGGCGGCGAUCUGGGCGACAUUCUCGUUCGGGUAAGUAACUUCUCUCUGCCGGUGGUAGUCAUCGUUCACGGGAACCAGGAGCCACACGCUCAUGCCACCAUUACCUGGGACAAUGCAUUUGCGGAGCCGGGCCGAGCCUCCUUCACCGUACCGGACAAGGUGCCCUUCAUUCGCGUAGGCGAAGUGCUCAGUCAGAAGUUCAUCCACAGCGUCGGCUACGGCCUGACGGAGGACAACCUGCGCUUUCUGGCGGCGAAGGCGCUGCGCACCUCCAGCGUGCCCGACCUGAACACGCUGAUCAGCUGGAGCCAGUUCAGCAAGGAGCCGCUGCCGGAGCGGAACUUCACCUUCUGGGAGUGGUUCUACGCCAUCCUCAAGGUGACCAAGGAGCACCUGCGCAGCCUCUGGAACGACAAGACCAUCAUCGGCUUCAUCUGGCGGAAGCAGGCGGAGGAGAUGCUGGCCAGCUGCCAGCCGGGCACCUUCCUCCUCCGUUUCAGCGACUCUGAGCUGGGCGGCCUGACGGUGGCCUGGAAGGCCAAAUCGAACGACGGCACCGCCGACGAGUACUACAUGCUGCAGCCCUUUACCAGUCGCGACUUUCAGAUUCGCGGCCUGGCGGACCGCUUGAACGACCUGAAGCACCUCGUCUACCUCUACCCGGACAUCUCUAAGGAGUUGGCCUUCAGCAAGUACUACACACCGCUGGGCGACAACUCGAAGACGGUGGCCGGCUACGUCAAGCCCUAUCUGGUCACCUGUGUGCCCGGCCUCUCCGGCCCCACCGGCUUUGACUCGUACCCGAACACGCCGCAGUCGAGCAUGCACCCUCAGUCGCCCAGUGACACCUCCUCCAUGCACUUUGAGCCCUCCAACUCGCAGCUGGAGGCCGCCGGCUGUACGCCAGUCAA